AUGCACCAAGGUGUGGGUUGUAAUUCCAAAUUAACUUCCGUGAAGAAAGUCAUUCUAGAUAACCUGUUACUUCCAGGAACUUUUGAUGCAGUUUCUCUCUGUGCCGCUAAGUCACUUACAGUUCUGAGCCUCACCAACAAUACUAUCACUGGAGAAAUACCACAAGAGACGGGAAACUGUACACAGUUGACUCACCUUUAUUUGAGUGGCAACAAGCUCUCUGGCAGUUUUCCUGUUUCUCUGUCUCACUUAAACAAUCUAAAAAGGUUGGAUAUCUCUGAUAAUUUUUUCUCCGGUGCAUUACCAGAUUUCACGAUUAUAUCCGCCGGGCUGGUAUCAUUUCUUGUUCAGAACAAUUCACUUACUGGAAAGAUACCACAGUUUGAUUUUGAGAAUAUCAUUUCUUUUAAUGUUUCAUUCAACUAUUUUACUGGACCAGUUCCAGACCUUAAAGGUCGUUUUUCGGUAGACAGCUUGUUAGGAAAUCCAGGUUUGUGCGGAUAUCCGUUACCAAACAAAUGCCCACCAUCGAAAUAG